AUGGUACAUUCUUUUCGGGUCCAAGGUGGGUGGCCUACAGCCCCAGAUGGUCCAUAUGCAUGGGGAUACUGCUUCAAAGAAGAACGAGGCAACCCACCAGAUUAUUGUACUCCAAAUCAACAAUGGCCAUGCGUUCCUGGUAAGAAGUACUAUGGUCGAGGACCCAUUCAAAUCACACACAACUACAACUAUGGUCCAGCAGGAAGAGCCAUCGGAAUGAAUCUGCUAAACAGCCCCGAAACUGUUGCAAACGAUCCAGUAGUUUCUUUCAAGACAGCGUUUUGGUUUUGGAUGACACCCCAAUCGCCAAAACCUUCAUGCCACGACGUCAUCACCGGAACAUGGAGGCCAUCGGCAGCAGAUACAGCAGCCGGUCGUGUCCCUGGCUAUGGUGUGAUCACCAAUAUCAUCAACGGUGGAAUUGAAUGUGGUAAAGGUUCUAACCCACAGGUGGAGGAUCGGAUCGGUUUCUACAAAAGAUACUGUGACAUACUAGGAGUAGGCUAUGGCAACAAUCUGGAUUGCUACAACCAGAGGCCUUUUGCUUAG